AUGACGAAAUUACGAGCAGCUUCCUCUUGCCUCCUCUCAUGUCUCCUUGUCUUGUUCUUGAGUUCAGCUUCAGCGAUCACAGAUGAUCCUCAAGAUAAACAGGUGUAUAUCGUCUACAUGGGUUCACUUCCUUCUCGACCGGACUACACACCAAUGUCCAAUCACAUGAGUAUUCUUCAAGAGGUCACUGGAGAAAGUUCGAUCGAAGGUCGUUUGGUGAGAAGUUACAAGAGGAGUUUCAACGGUUUCGCGGCCCGACUCACCGAAUCAGAACGAGAACGAGUAGCUGAAAUGGAGGGAGUUGUGUCUGUGUUCCCAAACAAGAAGUUACAACUGCAAACGACGACGUCUUGGGACUUCAUGGGAUUAAAGGAAGGAAAGAGGACGAAGAGGAAUCCAACCGUGGAAAGUGAUAUCGUUAUCGGAGUUAUCGAUAGUGGGAUCACGCCAGAAUCUCAGAGCUUUUCCGACAUAGGCUUUGGUCCUCCUCCUAAGAAAUGGAAAGGUGUUUGCUCCGGUGGUGAAAACUUCACAUGCAACAACAAGUUGAUUGGGGCAAGAGACUACACAAGUGAAGGUGUUAGAGACACUGAAGGCCACGGUACACAUACCGCGUCCACGGCGGCUGGAAACACAGUCGGGGAUACAAGCUUCUUUGGAAUCGGCAAUGGAACGGUGAGAGGAGGCGUUCCGGCUUCUAGAAUCGCCGCUUACAAAGUCUGCAACCCAACAGGGUGUACCACGGAAGCUCUAUUGUCUGGCUUCGAUGACGCGAUUGCUGACGGUGUGGACCUCAUCACCAUCUCUAUCGGGGAUAAAACCGCGCGGACGUUUGAAAAUGACCCGAUCGCGAUCGGGGCUUUUCACGCUACGGCCAAAGGGAUUCUCACUGUUAGUUCAGCUGGUAACAGCGGUCCGCAAGCUAGCACGGUCUGCGCUGUAGCGCCGUGGAUGUUAACCGUUGCAGCCAGCACAACGAACCGUGGGUUUGUCACUAAAGUUGUUCUCGGAAACGGCAAGACACUUGUCGGGAAGUCAGUUAACGCUUUCGAUAUGAAAGGAAAGAAGUACCCUCUAGUGUACGGAAAAUCCGCUGCUUCCUCUGUUUGCGAUCCUGAAAGCGCAGGGCUUUGUGAGCCAGAGUGUCUAAAAGCAUCCCUUGUAAAGGGAAAGAUUUUGGUGUGCGGUAGUACGAAAGGUUUGAAAGUAGCUGAAUCAGUUGGAGCUAUUGCACUAAUCUUUAAAACCCCUAAACCAGACGUUGCCUUCAUUCACCCUUUACCUGCUUCUGGUUUAACAGAAAAAGACUUUGAUUCUCUCGUCUCUUACAUUAAGUCCGCAGAUUCUCCAAGUGCGACCGUUCUAAAAACUGAAGCAAUCUUCAAUCGGACAUCUCCUCUUGUUGGUUCCUUCUCUUCUCGCGGUCCAAACACCAUUGCUGCUGAUAUUCUCAAGCCGGAUGUAACAGCACCAGGAGUGGAGAUUCUCGCGGCAUUUUCACCUGAUGGUGAACCAUCUGAAAAGGACACCAGACAUGUGAAGUACUCUGUUCUCUCCGGAACUUCCAUGUCUUGUCCGCACGUUGCAGGCGUGGCUGCGUAUGUCAAAACGUUUUACCCUAAAUGGUCUCCUUCCAUGAUUCAAUCUGCCAUCAUGACAACCGCUUGGCCGGUUAAUGCUACUGGAACCGGGCUUGCAUCGACCGAAUUUGCUUAUGGAGCUGGACAUGUCAACCCAAUAGCCGCUUUAAAUCCCGGACUUGUCUAUGAAUUGGACAAAGCAGACCACAUUGCCUUUCUCUGUGGCAUGAACUACACUUCAAAAAUCCUUAGAAUCAUCUCCGGUGAAAACGUUACUUGCACGGAAGACAAAGAUAUCUCACCAAGAAACCUCAACUAUCCUUCAAUGACGGCUCAACUGUCGGUAUCUGACAGUAACUUCACUGUGGCUUUCAACAGAACCUUGACUAACGUUGGACCGCCAAACUCUACCUACAAAUCAAAGGUAGUCGACGGUCACGGAUCUAAGCUUAACGUCAAGGUCACGCCUAGUGUUCUGUCGUUUAAGGAUGUGAACGAGAAGCAAUCUUUUAGGGUUACUGUUACAGGCAGCGAUCUAAACUCAAAAUUGCCUUGUUCUGCAUACCUAAUCUGGUCUGAUGGGACACAUAACGUCAGAAGUCCCAUUGUUGUUUAUACUGAUGGUUACUAA